AUGGCUUCUACUGGUCUCCAGCUUCUUGGGAUGGCCCUGGCCUUGAUUGGUUGGGUGGGAUCCAUCAUCACAUGUGCUCUGCCCAUGUGGAGGGUGACGGCGUUCAUCGGGAACAACAUUGUGGUGGCGCAGAUCAUCUGGGAGGGCCUCUGGAUGAAUUGCAUCGUUCAAAGCACUGGACAGAUGCAGUGCAAGGUGUACGACUCCAUGCUGGCGCUGCCCCAAGACCUCCAGGCUGCCCGAGCUCUCUCCGUCAUCUGUAUCCUGGUCGCCGUCCUCGGCGUGCUCGUCGGCGUUGUGGGAGCCAAAUGCACCAACUGUGUGGAAGAUCGGAAUACCAAGGCGAGGGUCAGCCUGGUGUCCGGGGUGGUCUUCCUGGUGGCUGGAAUUCUACUGCUCAUUCCUAUCUGCUGGUCGGCCAAUAGCAUCAUCCGCGACUUCUACAACCCCAUGGUGGUGGAGGCCCAGAAGAGGGAGCUGGGGGCUUCGCUGUACAUCGGCUGGGCUUCGGCUGCCUUGCUGCUGCUGGGUGGGGGGCUUCUGUGCUGCUCCUGCCCCAAGAAAGAUGAUACCCCCUACAGUGCCCACUACACUGCCGCCACCUCCCAGGCUCGCAGCGACUACCCCAGCAAGAACUAUGUGUGAGGACUGAUGGGGAGACGCCAA